UCUAUCAGAUAUGAUCACUCUGAUAAAAGACGGGAACAAUCGGAGGAAUUUGUACCUUUCAGUCAGAAACGAGUAUGUCAAACAUGCUGCCUGUUUCGAGUGUCGUGGUUUUGUUACUCUGCAUCACGCAUAAUGAUUUGACGCGAAACACCAGAGCGGAAGAACUACGUUCGAUCGGCGACGAAGCAUCGUUAAAUAACGUUCUCGAUUGGAAAUGCAAUGCCACUUCCGAUUGUGCUGUGAAGCUCACCAGUUGCGUCAAUGGCACCUGUCGAUGCGCCCCCGGCUACGUCCUCGAUGGAAGUUUCACAGCGUGUAUUAAAGUGGCCCAGAAGUACGGCGACGAUUGCCAAGAAUCGAGACAGUGUUCCGCGUAUUUAUCCAGAGGUGGGACGUGCGUGAAUGGAGCGUGCGUGUGCGCCGAUGGAUAUUAUUACAUCCACGGACAGUGUCACAGGUACUCAGAAUUGUCGGGGAAAUGCGAGGACGACGAGGACUGCUACGUGCCCGGCGACUUUCAAGCGACCAAAUGCAACAAAGAGAAAAUCUGCAACUGCGCUCCUAAAUACUACAAGAGGGAGUACAGAAGUUGUCGUCCGAUUGCCGAAGAGAACGACGGGAAGUGUAUCAUAAACAACGAUUGCAAGGGGCCGAACGCGACUUGCGACUUCGUCGAGCACAAGUGCGUAGCGCGGGGAAAUAACACUGCGUCAAAAUUCUUGCGCAACGAUAACACUCUCUUACGAGAACAUGAUGCAACCGGGCAAGCACAUCCCGUAGCAAGUGGCGUCGGAGCUAAUUGCACGAGAAACGAGGAUUGCCAUUUUCCGGAUGCGGAAUGCGGACCUUUGAACACCUGCGUGUGCAAACGCGCGCACUUCUUUCACGAGGAUAAACGCCGGUGUGUACCAGAGCUUGGAGAACGAUGCGACCCUACGAAAAACGAAACUGUCAUCGACAACUCGGUGUGUCGAAAUGGAACAUGGCAUUGCAUCGCGGAGACAGUUGCUUCCAAGAACAAUAGAGAGUGCGAGAAAGUGACUGCACGAUAUAACGAUAAUUGCCGAAACGACGUGCAGUGUUACGUUUUUGGUCCGGACGCCAUUUGCAAAAAUGGCAAGUGCGUCUGCAACGAGAAAUCUCGGUUGAACAAGACCGAGUCGUUCUGUUGGAUGAAACGUGGGAUAGGUGAGAAGUGUCACCAAGACGUAGACUGUUAUCUCGACGGUUAUGUUGAUGUUCGGUUGAUCUGCGACUCAAACAAGUUGUGCUCCUGCCCGGGUGGAACUUAUCCAACCAACGAUAGCACAGCUUGCGUGAAGGAGCACGCUGGUAUCGGAGACACGUGUGGCGUGAACGAGGACUGCAAGUACACGAUGAAUGCAAAAUGCGCGAACAAGAUUUGCGUUUGCGUUGAUAAUUAUUACGAGUUGGACAAGCAGUGUGUAAAAGGCAUCAAUUCCACUUGCAGUUUCAACGACGAGUGCAAAGCGAACAAUUCGGUGUGCGAAUCAGAGCGUUGCGCUUGCAAACCUGACCACGUUGCUUCGUCAGCCGGUUCAUGCGUGCGAGUUUCAGCGUAUGGAGAACCUUGCGAAGAGAACAUUCAAUGUUCUAGCAGGAUACCAAACGCGCUUUGUUUAUCUCGUACAGGCUUGAAUUCCACUUGCGCUUGUCCCAAGAAUUACCACUACAAUUUCGGGGAAUGUUUCGAACGCAAAGAUCUCGGCAUGCGCUGUCGGAAUCUCGGGGAAUGUUACACGGAUUCCAAAGGCGGGGUGGUCUGCAUGAACGAUCGGUGCGCAUGCGAUCGGGAUUACAUUCAACGAAAUCACACAGUGUGUGAACUUUACAACGGUGGUAACAUUGCAGCCAGUAUGGUAGGAUUGGUAGCAUUAUUGUUGCUGUUAACAAACCUGUUAGUUUAGUUGAACGUUAACACGUUAUUAUAAUUACAAACAUUGUGUAAAAAGUACAAAAAAUAACUGUGUAAAGUAAUUCGUACAAAAUAAUUUUAAAUUGUAAAAUAACCUUUGCAAGACAGUAUAGUAAUAUUGUGAAGUAUUACGAGUGUUAGAAAUUUUUAAAUCCAACGCAGCACUGUUCGUCGUAUUGUCUUUUUUAAAUAAAUAAUUCUAAAAAUAACGUGGUAAAGCACAAUUAUGCUAUUUUUCUUUGAUAAUAAAAUUGUUUAGAAAAGCACCGCUAUAUUUAUUUAUUUGAAUGUGGCAUUUAUUUAUCUGUUAUCUGGCGAUAACGAUAAGUUUCAUAGACCGAGUAGCCCGAUAGAAUUAGUAAUAUUAUCACAAAGUUGUAAAACAAUCAACGUUCUUAUCAAUACCUUAAUACCAAAAUUCCUGAUAAAUCAGUUAUCGGAAAUAUAACGAGAAACGUUCGUAGAUAUCGCAUCGUGCUCAAUAAUUAAUCGACCGUUUCGAAAUACAAAUAUCACUUUCAAUAAUCUUAAAUUUCUCAAUAAUUUAUAUUCCUUAAAUUUUAAAAACGUUCGCGUUCCCCAGAGAGUUCGACUCGAAGCGUUCCGAGCCAUGUAUCUUGAUGAAACUAUAGAGCUCUGCUCAGUGAAAUAGCUUCACAGAAUAAAAUAUAAGAUUGGAUAUUUCGAAA